AUGGUAUUAAAAAAAACUUUAGAACCAAAAUUUAAUAUUGUUGGUUGUUAUGAAGAUAAAUUUGAAAAAGUAGCUGAAGUUUUUAAAAAAAAUUUUUAUCAAGGUUGGGAACCAUUAGGAGCAUCUGUAGCUAUAUAUUAUCAAGGAGAGUGUGUUGCUGAUUUAUAUGGUGGAUAUUCUGAUACUAAACAUAAUCUUUGGACAGUUCAAACACAAACAGUUGUUUUUUCUGUUUCAAAAUCUAUUGGUGCAUUAUGUAUAGCAUUAUUAGUUGAUCGUGGUGAUUGUUCAUAUGAUGAUAAAAUAACAAAAUAUUGGCCAUCAUUUGGUAAUAAUGGUAAAGAAAAUAUAACAAUAAGACAUGUUAUGAGUCAUAGAUCUGGAUUAGCAUAUUUUGAUCAAACAUUAACAUUUGAAGAUGCUAAAGAUCAUAAUGCUGUUAGAAUGAUUAUUGAAAAAACUAAACCAAAUUGGAAUCCAGGAAAAAAAAGUGGUUAUCAUGCUAUUACAUUUGGAUGGUUAGUUGAUCAAAUAAUUCGCCAUAUUGAUCAUCAAAAAAGAGGGGUAUCACAAUUUUUUCAAGAAGAAAUUGGUAAACCUCAUGGAAUUAAUUUUUAUUUAGGUAUUCCUAAAGAAUUAGAACCUUAUGUUAGUGAAUUAUCAAUACCAACUCCUGGUUAUAGAUUAAAAGAAAUUAUGCAUGAUCCAAGAAUAUUAAUUGUUUUAGCUAUUUUAAAUUUACAAACUAAUAAUUCAAUUGGUGAAAAAGUUAAAAAUAAUUUUGAUUGGAUUAAAAUAGAUAAGAAUGAGAUAACAUUUAAUAAACCAGAGAUACAAAGACUUGAACAGACAGCUGCUUUUGGUAUAACAACAGCUAAAAAUUUAGGAUUUUUAUUUAGUAAAGUAUUAAAUGGUGAUAUUAUUUCAAAAUCAUUAAUUAAAAAAAUUGAAAUACCAGAAAUUUCUAAUGAAAUUGAUAUUGUUUUUAAAGCACCAAUAGCUAAAGGUCAUGGUUUUAUGUAUGAAAAACAUCCUUAUAAAAAAGGACAAUGGUUAGUUGGUCAUCCUGGAUAUGGUGGUAGUACAUUAAUGAUGGAUCCAAAAGAAAAAUUAGUUGUUGUAUAUGUCACAAAUGGUUUAAAAUCAGGUAUGGGUGAGUUAACAAGAACCUAUCGUUUAUUACGAAAUGCGGCAUUAAAAUGCAUAUUAAAAUAA